AUGUCUACGCCGCCCGCGAAACGCAAGAACAUGGCCGUCACAACCGACGGCGCGCAGUACAACAAGCGCCAGCGCCCGGACAACUACGCCGCGAUGAUGGCCAUGCCGCCGCCUGCGCCGCCGCCGCCGUCCCGGCGCCCGAAUGUAAGCAACCCUGCGACCGCCAACAAUAAUGAAGAGGGCAAAGAAACAGCCGGAGAGGAGAAGAAGAAGGACAUUCCGAGUCACGCGCAGAGGAUGGAUUGGUGGAAGUGGACCAAGGAUGGCCCAGACGGCAAUGCGAUUACGCGCGACGACAACAAUAGAGGAGUUGCUAACGGCACCAAGCCGCAGAAGGCUGUCCAGGUCGAGACAAGUGAGAUUGAGGAUGAAGCAGUGGUCAAGACGGAUGUUCAGAACGCGAAUGACGAGGGAACAGACAACGAGAAGCGCGACGACGACGCUUCCGAGUCUGAGGCUCCUGGCUCGCCGGUAGAUGCACCCGAGACCCACUUCGCGGCUUUCACCCCAAUGGGAGCGAGGAAGGUCAUUUGGAAGAAACCGAAGGGCGGCGAACAGAACGAUGACGAGCCCAAGGGCAAGAAGAAUAAGAAGACCAGCCAGAGGGAUCUCAGAUAUGGCCAGACGUCUGCCCUGAACCUGGACGACGCGGCAAGUGACGACGGCGAGGGAGCUGAAGCGAUGCGCUAUCUCAAGGGAGUCAGGGUUGAUGUUCAGGAGGAAUACCACAAUCGCUUGCUUCUUCGCUUUGAGGGCUUCCGCAACCUCAUGGCUCAGAAGCCGACUGAAGAUCAACAGGAAUCUCUCGACAAGUCCUGCUACUGCACCUUCCCAAGGAACAAUCCGAAAGUUAUGCGUCAAGCUGUCCGCCGCUGGCUAGAAGUCUUCGCUGAUACUCCUCCCAAUCCGGUUCAAGUCGCACAGAUGGACUCGUAUUGCGUGUUGAAGCUGCUUGACAUUCUUAAGCGCAAGCUCGAAUGCUUCAAGGACGUCGAGGAGAACAUCAGCAUCUGGAUCUUCGCUCUGCUGGCCAGACUUUGUGAGGUCAUUCCGAUCCACUGCGACGACGCCAGCAUCGUUCGCGAAUUAGCCCUUAGGGCGCUCAUGGUACGCGUCACUUUCACCGGAGAACACAUUGCGGAGCUUGAGGACAAAGUGCCCCAGUAUUACACCGAGGACCAAGAAUUCUUUGACCAUGUGAACGCAGAUCCGAGACAGGGCAAGAAGCAGGAAGAGGAUGACGGAAUCACUGAUUUGAGGAAGAUGCUGGACGAGAAAAAAGAGCUCCUCGCCCGGAAGGAGGCUCUUCAGAAGCGUGUUGCGGAAAUGCCUCGCAUGAUGAGCAAGCGUGAAGCCUUCGGCAUGUCGCCGAGGGAACCCAGUGGCGAUGAAGAGGAAGAAGGGGAGACUACUAAGUCCGCCGCGACGCCGGACGACGCGCUGUCGUCUCAAGAAGCUGCCUCCGCGGAGGAAGAGUCCGUCAUGGAUCAUAAGGAAGACGGCAAGCCUAACCCCAACGCCAACACCCGCGCUACGCUCAACAUGAUCCUCGCCGUCGCCUGCGACGUCUUUGGGCAGAAGGACUUGUCUAAGUACUUGGAGAUCUGGGGCGAGUACGAUUACCUGGAGCCGUCGGCUGAGGAGGCGGAGGUUCUUGUGCAGAUGGAGGAGGAUGAUAGUCAUCCCUCGCUCCCACCUAUGCUCUCGCCUAUUAGUUCGCCCUUGAGGUAG